UGGUCUUUAUCGCUUUAAAACCCUAAUACCGAAACAGGGACAGACACGAUCAGCUCAAGAUGGUUCAGCGUCUCACUUACCGCAAGCGCCACAGCUACGCCACCAAAUCUAACCAGCACAGAAUCGUCAAAACCCCUGGAGGGAAGCUAGUUUAUCAGACUACUAAGAAGAGAGCAAGUGGGCCUAAAUGUCCUGUUACUGGCAAGAGAAUUCAAGGGAUUCCCCACUUGAGACCGGCUGAAUACCAGAGGUCCAGAUUAUCCAGGAACCGCAGGACCGUCAACCGUGCCUACGGUGGAGUGCUUUCUGGUGGUGCUGUCAGAGAAAGGAUCAUCCGCGCGUUUUUGGUGGAAGAGCAAAAGAUUGUGAAAAAGGUGUUGAAGAUUCAGAAGGCAAAGGAAAAGCAAGCCUCAAAGAGCUAAGUUUGAGAUAAACUGAUAGUGUAAUUUUGGCUAUAUGAUGGCGAAAACAAACUAUUAGGAUGUCAUUCCGACUUGGUUUCUUUAAAUUUUGCUUUGGAUGGUUUAAAUUGUGAUUUCUAGUGGUUCAUUUGUCGAAAAUCCACUUUUCUAUUUGUUCAUCAGUUGGUGGUACCGUGUUGGAAUCAACUCAUCUUGGAAUUGCUUUGUGUAAAAUACCAAAUCAGUUGCUCUUACCUUUCUCCUCUCUUUUUGAAAAUCUGUUCCAGUAUA